UCUCUCUUUAAAUAUUGGGGAACUUUGGGACCACUCCUCUUGUUACUGUUUCUGUGGAAAACUCCAGGCUGCAGAAGACCCACCAUGGCCACGUCUCCCCUCAAAGACUUCCUGGUUACAUUUUUGAUGCCAGAAAAAUGUUACGACAGGAUUUUCGUCAACUUUCUGUUGGACGUCACUUGUUUAAAGAUUAUACUGAAGAGUAUCCUGGGAUUAUGGAUCAUCACGGACACGUUUUUUGGUCAGCUGCCUCAGCUGAUAAAGAUACUGUGGAGAGGAAGUGCAGAGGGUCUGAGUCUGACCGCCGGCCUGCUGCAGCUUUAUGCCUUCUCAUGUCCUGUUGUGUACGCAGUCGCCCACAACUUCCCACUAUUUGCCUGGGCUGAGAGGUUCAUCACAUUGACUCAGACAGCAGUGAUCAUCUUCCUCAUUCUGCAUUAUCGAGGUGAAACCCUCAAAGGAUUGUUGUUGCUUCUAGGUUACGGUGGUUUAAUGUUCCUCCUGGGCUCCUAUACUUCCAAAGCAGUUGCCUCAGUGCUGCAUGCCUCCAGUCUGUCAGGAAUAAUUGCAAGCAAGGGUGUCCAGGCUAGGACAAACUACUGUAAUGGUCACACAGGACAACUCUCCACCCUGUCGCUGUCUCUAUCAGCAUUGGGCUCUCUGGGUUUCCUCUAUUUGUCUCUGCAGGAUACAGGAAGCUCAUUACAGACUCUGUCACAUGCACUGUCAGCCAUCCUCAGCUGUUUCCUACGGGCUCAGGUUUACUACUACAGCACCACAAUCACAAAUAAGGAGAAGAGUGAGUAGAGGAGGUGAAGGAUGAGAAAAAAGGACAUUCACAGGUUUAAAGCCUGUCAUUCAAGAUAUGUUUGAUGGUUUUGUGACAUAAUCUGGAUUUACAAUGACUACAAAUGCAGCACAAAAGUAGCAGGAAAUGUUUACAAGAUGUUUUUGUGCCAACAAGUUUGUUUACUAUGGUCAGCACUCUCGUUAUGUAAUUUGGUACUUUGAUAUUUUGCUUUUAUGGUGUUUUAAUGAUAAAGGAGAAAAUCUGUCUCCCUCUAGUGAAAUAUAAAAGAAUCUCAACAACUGUAAGUGCCUGAGUGUUGUUCAGUUUCCUCGGUAUGUAGUUUACUUUCUUUUUAACCACUUUAAGUUUUUGUUUUCAGAAAAUGUCAGAAUUGAAACUCCAGCCUUUUAGUCAUUUUAGUCAACUACAAACUGGCUAACUAUGGACGUCAGUGGUAAGGUGCUAUAGAGGGGAAGCAUACAGCAGUCACGAUCACACCCACACAAACUCCUCUCAGAUCACGUACUUUCACUUUUCACUUCCUUUGCUGUGGCAGAGUAAAAUCAUGCUGAUGAUGCAUCCAUGUCAUGAGAUUUACUGCAGCAGUGCUGACUUGAGAAAUGUUCCUGCCAAAACUCAAAAAGGUAAUUCUAGUUGGACUAAUGACUGCACAGCCUUGAGUUUUUCCAUAUGGCAGCAAACGCUGUUUCCCUAUUUCUUUUACAUCCAUUUUAAUGCUCCAGUAAAAAGUUUUUACUGUUUGUGGAAAAGAAAGGAAUGGCUCUGUAGCAAACAAGACUGAUCAUUUCCAAAUGGUAAUUAUUAAUCCCUGAAACCGCUGCCACAGGGUAGGUGUGAAGCAAGCACACUGGUAGAAAAACCUGUUUUCCAUUUUCUGUAAAGUCAGUGGCUUGAUUUACUGUUAUGGGAGGUUAAGAUUGUUUUGUUUAAAAAGACAGCUCAUGCACACACACAAAAACAUGGGCAAAAUCAAUACAAACCAAAAGUUCAGAUCUGAGGUCAUUGUGUGCCAUGAAUGAGCCACAAGGUUGCUGUGAAAAUUUUUUACUAGUGCAGCUCCUAAACAGCUCACUGGGGCUCGAGGACUAUGAGCUUUUGUCCAUUAUCUUUCCUGCUGCUCUCAGAGAUGAACAGCUUCACAUCACAAACACAACACUUCAUGAAAAUAUAAAGCAAAUCUUAAAAAGUGCAUUUUUAAAAUUAAUUUUAAGACAAACUAUCUCAUUCUAUGUAUGGUAAACCAAGCCGCAAUGGUUGGUGUACUUUAAGACCAGCAGAUUUUUAUUGUGAAAUGAGAAAUCUUAAAUCAAGCAAGCUGUUUUCCAUUACUCUUUAACAAUAGAAAAACAAGACAUAAAUCAAGAAGGGUUUGUUUUUCAUUGCGUUGUUUUUAUGCUGCAAUGGAAAAAAAGGAAAGAAAAGAAAAUGGAACAAUGGGAUUGUAGCAUUCAUUUUUUCCUAUCUGUGUGACCGGGUUGCAGGUGUUGUGCUCAAAAAAGCAUGCUAUGAAUUCUGUGCCCCUCGCCAGAGUGCACAUCGCUUACUGUGAAAAAUAGAGAGCAUACAGGCUGGUGCUUCUUUAAAAAAUGAAGCAUGUGAUUCUCAGUUGUUGACCGUGAAAUACACUGACCCAUAAUCACCUGAAAAGUCUGUUUUUUCCAUCAUAAAUUAAGAAAUCAAUCCAUUAUCUACUGUGUAUCCCCUUCAGGCUCACUCGGUACUUCAAGAUUCUACGAGCAAAAAAAUAAGUCCUGAAUUUCUUAUGAUGGCGAAACUUAUAACAUUUUAUUAUUACAUACGAUUCAAUACUUUGGCAGGGAGUUUUGCUCAUUAUGAGCAAUCCAGGUCUUAUUUUUCGCCUGAAAAAUCUCAAAAUAAGAUUUUUACCUGGACUUGUCAUGUAGAAACACAAUUAAAAUACAAAAGAAAAAAAAACCCAGUAUAACAGGUAACAAAUAAGAGACAACAGGUAAGGUAGUUUAAUAGGCAACAUCUAUAAAUAUUUUAUCAUAAUAUAAAUGGAUGGAUGAAUUGUAUGUGUACAAGGUAGGUGGAGGGACUGUAUACAUUAACAGAUUUUUAAAGUUUUGUAUUAUCACCAAAAAAUAAAACAGAAGGACAUUUUCAUUAGGUAAGGAUAUAGAAGGACACACAGCAGGAGGAAGAAUAGGGUAUUUUGGCUUGAAAUGACACAAAUACACUAAGAUUUAAUUUUUUAUGUGAAGAUUUACAUUUUUGCAGCACAAAAUCGGAGCUUAAGUAAGAAAUAAAAUAUAAUGUCGUAUUUACUUACAAAUAUUACGCUGGAACAUUAAAACAUGUUCACAUUUUAUCUGAUAGUUUUGUAUGCAAGCACCAUAUUUUCCAACGCCAGCUUUUGUAAAUCAAGUGUUUCGUGUUGCUCAGUUACUGAUAUCUGUUUGUCACACUCAGGCAACUUGUGCAUCAGCGACACAUUGACCUUGUUUGUUUUGGCACAUUUCUUGUCAUUUUCCAUCCAACUGAGCAGAAAAACUUGUAAUUGCUCCUCAGCUAUAAAUGUUUCUCUUAAUGUUUUUACAGUGGUUCCUAUUUAUAUAUUUUAACAGAAUUUCUUAUGGUAAUAAAUGUAGAACUGUACUGUGAACUUUAUUUAGGGGUGCUGCACAUUUGAUCUUUGUUCAUUAAUUCAGCAAUAAAAUAUAAUGUCACCUGCAACCACAGAAGACUGGUGGCCUGGAAGUGCAACACAAAAUUACAAAGUCUGAAACACUUUAACAAAGCUUGACUCAUAUCUGCAUUAACCAAAACAUUCUUACAUUUCAUAAAACACAUUUACAUUAGCAAAACACUGACAAAUGGCAAAACAAAUUUACAUUUUACAAAUUUACAAAAUUACAAAGUCUGAAACACUUUUACAAAACUUGAAACUUGGCUCACUCAUAGCUUUUGGUUCAUUCCCUUUUUGUAAGAUAAUGUUUCUUAUUUGUUUCAGAAGUUUCAAAAGUGUUCUGCAAAUUAUAAAUUCGUUUCUGCUAAUGUAAAAGUGCUUCAUAUUUUAUCAGUUUGUUUUGUAAGAUGUAAAUCUAUCAUUUUAAAUUCAGUUUUUGAAAUGUUACAUAUUUUUCAUGAAAUGUUAAGUUUUCUUUGUAAGUUUGUCUGAAAUUUGUAGAAGUGUUUCAGACUUUGUAAUUUUGUAUUGCACCUUCAGGCCACCCUAGAAGACUGGUUUGAAUAAGUGAAAGCCUAAACAGAAGAUAUUUGAAGAGGAUUAUAAAUUCUGAAGUUUAAUUUUGGAGUCAUGUUACAAUUGUUUUUGUUAUAUUUGCAUUUUCACACAGCUGACUUUCUGGAUGAUCCCGUUGUUAUUCAAAUCAGAAAAAAAAGUUAACUUAGUUUAUAAUGAUGUGCACACGCUUCAGGCUCUGACAUGACAAGCACUGAUGCAUUGCGCAAAGAAAAACCUGUAGGGUUGACUUAUCAUGUCAGAGAAACUAAAGACUUUAAGGCUAAACUCAGCACAGAAAAUGCUCCUGUGGCAUAGGCUUUAUUGAAAAUAGCAGGUUUUUCUAGGAGGAAAAAAACUACAUUUUCUGCUUAGUUUAAUAAAAAGUAAGUAAGCAUG